AGAACAAAAAAAAUACAAGGUCCGGUUGCCUGAUUUGAGGUAAAGUAAGUUGGAACAGACAGACAGUGCAAGCUUGUUCUUUCUCGUGGUUUACAUGUAAGAGACGCUCGGGUUCUCACCAGUAGCGGCGCCCUAUGGUAGCGCUAAAUUAGCGUCGACUUGAUAGCGGUUCGUUCUCUGACACCGGGCACGAUUCCGACAGAAAAGUAAAAACAUCGCCUGCUCGGAAUCUUCGGCCACGGUCAUGGCGGAGGGUUCAGACAGUCGAAUGACGGUUGAUGCCAAGGUGCUGUCGGCGGGCAUGAUGUACCGCAGCCGUCGUCGAAGGAGGCAUCGCAAGGCCAAUGAAGGCAUCACACAGCACCACGCCGAGAGCGGCGCCGAAGAGGAAAUGUUCAUGGAUGUGCCAUCGUCUUCACCAGGGUCAUUCGAGCACGACGACAACAAUGACGAAGGACUCAUAGAAUACGUCACACGCGACUUGCAGCCCGAUAUGAGGCAAUCCAACUUCAGCUUGGGAGGCGCGUCUCAGCUUUCACCAGUGGGGGUACCACUGGCUGGUGCUGCCGGAGCUUGCCUGUCAGGAGGUGGUAAAGCAACCCUUGCUGAGCGCCGCAUGAGCCUCCAGCGUCGCACGUCCAUGGAGGGAGAGAACCAGUUGAAGGAAGUGAUUAUGAGACUCGAGGAGCUGGGCGACAGCAUUGACGGUGACAUCCAGACGUAUAUAAACAGUGCGUUGAAGGAGCUGGCCAUUGAGUACGGGGAAGGAGUUUCCUAUUCGGGCUACCGUGGAGUUGUCGCUAAAAUGUUCAAAGAGUUCUCAGCCUCGUGGAAGACAGUCGCUGCAGUUUACAGAAUGAGUGAUGACCUCUUGGAAGAGGUUGAAGAGACGACAGGCAGCGAAGACCACAUCCUGCAAACGCAGCUUCAAGAUCACAACGUCCGCGCCAUCAUGGACGUUGCCGGGGACUUCCUCAGCAAGGUGGGCGGCUUGACGGCCAUUCUCACCGCCAAGCAAGAGGAUCUGUACGGGCCGGAAACGGAGCUUUGAGGCGGCGUUGUGUGUCUGCUCGUGCACUGCGGUUUUCUUGAUGCAAGCUCGGAAAUUCCCAUGCCAUGAUUGGGUAUGUACCCGCUCGCCGGCGGUAGCCAUUGUUAGGUGAUCGUUUUCAGCUACGUAUCUUGGUGGUCACGCUAGGGAAAUGCAUUGUGAGAUGCACUGUGCGCAUAGUUUAGUCAGGCAGCUUUAGACGACUCUGCUGGCAUAUUGUCAUUCUCACGCAAAGCUAUACUCUCGGAAAACCAUGAUAAAUAUCAGAUUGAUGACUACUUUCUUGAUGAAAGCAUAAGUAAAUAUAUAGGUUAGACAUCAAACAAUAAGAGGACAGAGAAAGUGUUUUAACUCUGAGUUUCACGCACUAAGCGAUCAUCAGAAAACAGUAAGGUUAGACAUCCUGGGAAACACGACUCUUGUUUACUGGCAUACAAGCACUUGAUGCAAACUAAGCCACCACAGUACAACUUGGCCUCUUUUAGUAUUGUGACUAUUAUCAAUCAUAUCACCAUGUCAUAUCACCAUAUUAUUUUGUCUUAGUCUUUCUGAUCUGUCCCACAAAAUAUAUCUCUUGGUGUGGAGAUUCUAAGUCGAGUUAUGACGCAACAAUUUGCCACUUCGUCCACGCUGUA